AUCUGUGUGGCGCGGCUCGGCUCGGCUCGGCUCGGCUGCUGCGUCGCCUGUCCUAGCCCAGCCCAAGCCCCUGCCUGGUCAUGCGGCGCCCGCCCGCCGCCCCGCUCUCGCUAGCGCUGCUGCUGCUGCUGCUCGGCCCCGCGCAGGUAAUUUCACAAUCAUGUGUUUGGUAUGGGGAGUGUGGAAUAGCUUCUGAAGAUAAAAGAUAUAAUUGUGCAUAUGAAGGACCACCAAUACCAUUACCGAAGGAUGGGUAUGACUUAGUGAAUGAGCUCUGUCCAGGUUUAUACUUUGGUAAUGUUAGCAUUUGUUGCAAUGUUCAGCAGCUUCAGACUUUGAAAAACAACUUGCAGCUGCCUCUGCAGUUUCUUUCCAGAUGCCCAUCAUGCUUUCAUAACUUAAUUAGCCUCUUCUGUGAGUUGACAUGCAGUCCAAAUCAGUCUGAGUUUUUGAAUGUUACACAAACGGAACCUUACUAUGAUCCAGUUACGUCAAAGAACAAAACUAGUAUCACAGAGCUGCAAUAUUACAUUGGAGAGCGUUUUGCUAAUGCCAUGUAUAAUGCUUGCAAAGAUGUGGAAGCUCCAUCAAGUAAUGUCAAGGCUUUGGGGUUGCUAUGUGGGAAGGAUGCUAAAGACUGCAAUGCUACCAAUUGGAUUCAGUAUAUGUUUAGUAAGGAUAACGGACAGGCUCCUUUUAAUAUCAUUCCUAUUUUUUCAGAUAUUCCUAUCCAAAAAAAGAUUCCUAUGAACAAUGCUACCAAAGGCUGUAAUGAAUCUGCAGAUGAUGAUACGAGCCCGUGCAGCUGUCAAGACUGUUCUCUUGUUUGUGGUCCAAAGCCCAAACCCCCUCCACCCCCUGCACCUUGGCUUUUGUUUGGUUUGGAUGCUGUGUAUGUCAUCAUGUGGAUUUCCUACAUGGGAUUUUUACUUGUGUUUUUUGCAGUCGUUUUUGGAGUUUGGUGUUACAGGAAAAGGCAUUUUGUCUCCGAGUACACACCAAUUGACAGCAACAUAGCCUUUUCUGUUAAUUCACGUCGUGAUAAUGGUGAGGCUUCUUGUGGUGAAAGAUUUGGUGCGUGGUUUGAAAACGGCUUGAGGCUCACAUUCACAUCGUGGGGGGCUUUCUGUGUUCGAAAUCCACGGCCUGUUGUUCUCUUCUCCCUGGUCUUUGUAGUCAUGUGCUGUUCAGGCCUUGCAUAUAUCAAGAUAACUACAAAUCCUGUAGACCUCUGGUCAUCCCCAAGCAGCCAGGCUCGCAAAGAGAAAGAGUACUUUGAUACUCACUUUGGGCCUUUCUUCCGUACUGAGCAACUUAUUAUCCAAGCCCCAAACAGCAAGCAAGAAAUCUACUCGCCAUACCCAUCAGGAGCUGAUGAGACAUUUGGGCCUCCGCUUACCAAAGAGAUUUUGCAUCAGGUUCUAGAUUUGCAAGAUGCUAUUGAAAAUAUAACUGCCUCUUAUGACAAUGAGACUGUAAUGUUGAAGGACAUCUGCUUGGCCCCUCUUGCUCCCUACAACAAGAACUGCACUAUCUUGAGCGUGCUCAAUUAUUUUCAGAACAGUCACUCUGUUCUAGACCAUGUCGCUGGGGAUGAGUUCUUUGUGUAUGCUGAUUAUCACACUCACUUCUUGUACUGUGUCAGGGCACCAGCAUCUUUGAAUGAUACAAGCCAGCUUCAUGAUCCCUGCUUGGGAACAUUUGGUGGACCUGUUUUUCCAUGGCUAGUGUUGGGAGGAUAUGAUGGAGAUAACUAUAAUAAUGCUACAGCCCUUGUUAUUACCUUUCCUGUCAACAAUUACUACAAUGACACACAAAAACUGAUGAAGGCCCUGGCCUGGGAAAAGGAGUUUAUUAAUUUUGUGAGAAAUUACCAGAACCCAAACUUAACCAUUUCAUUCUCUGCUGAACGGAGCAUUGAAGAUGAGAUAAAUCGUGAAAGUGACAGUGAUAUCUGUACUGUUGUGAUUAGCUAUGCUGUAAUGUUUCUGUACAUUUCUAUAGCUUUGGGACACAUCAGAAGCUGCAGAAGAUUUUUGGUAGAUUCAAAAAUCUCUCUGGGCAUUGCAGGAAUCCUGAUUGUACUGAGUUCAGUAGCAUGUUCUCUGGGUAUCUUCAGUUACUUUGGAGUCCCACUAACACUGAUUGUUAUUGAAGUAAUUCCUUUCUUGGUGCUGGCUGUUGGGGUAGACAACAUCUUCAUCAUAGUUCAGACAUUUCAGAGAGAUGAGCGUCUCCAAGGUGAAACCCUGGAUAAGCAGAUUGGUAGAAUCCUGGGCAAUGUGGCUCCUAGUAUAUUUCUCUCUUCUUUUUCGGAGACAGUUGCAUUUUUCUUAGGAACUUUGUCUACUAUGCCAGCUGUCCGCACUUUCUCCCUCUUUGCUGGAAUGGCUGUGUUCAUAGAUUUUCUUCUCCAAAUCACAUGCUUUGUAAGUCUCCUGGGUUUGGAUGUUAAACGUCAAGAGAGAAAUCGAUUGGAUAUUCUGUGUUGUAUCAAAGGAGAUGAUGACAUGAGUAGGGUUCAGCAUUCUGAAAGCAUCUUGUUUAUGUUCUUUAGAACGGUAUAUUCUCCAUAUCUGCUUAAGGACUGGAUGCGACCAAUUGUGAUAUCCUUGUUUGUGGGUAUUCUGUCAUUCAGUCUAGCAGUUGUCCACAAAAUAGAGAUUGGUUUGGAUCAGACUCUUUCAAUGCCAGAUGACUCCUAUGUAAUAGAUUAUUUCAACCAUCUGAGCAAAUACCUGCAUGCAGGUCCUCCCGUGUAUUUUGUGCUAGAAGAAGGACAUAACUAUAGCUCUUUAGAAGGACAGAAUAUGGUGUGUGGUGGAAUGGGAUGUAAUAACAAUUCACUUGUUCAACAAAUCUUUACUUCAGCAGAGAUUGACAGCUACACAAGAAUAGGUUAUGCUCCCUCCUCCUGGCUUGACGAUUAUUUUGACUGGAUUAAGCCACAGUCGUCUUGCUGCAGACUCUACAACACUUCUGGCCAGUUUUGCAAUGCUUCAGUUGUUGAUCCAUCUUGUGUUCGUUGUCGUUCACUGACUCCAGAGGGCAAGCAGAGGCCACAGGGUGAAGACUUCAUGAAAUUUCUGCCAAUGUUUCUGUCUGAUAAUCCUAAUCCUAAAUGUGGCAAAGGAGGACAUGCUGCAUAUAGUUCUGCUGUCAACCUUAUAAACAAUAAUUCUGAGGUUGGAGCUACCUAUUUUAUGACUUACCACACUGUGCUAAAAACUUCAGCCGACUUCAUUGAUGCCACAAAGAAAGCACGGAUUAUAGCAAAUAACAUUACUGAAACCAUGGGUAUCAAAGAAAAGAAUUACCGUGUGUUCCCUUACAGUGUGUUUUAUGUCUUCUAUGAGCAAUAUCUGACAAUUGUGGAUGACACUAUAUUUAACCUCAGCGUGUCCUUGGCAUCAAUAUUCUCGGUGACAACUGUGCUGCUUGGCUUUGAAGUAUGGGCUGCUGUAGUGGUAUCCAUUACUAUUGCUAUGAUAAUAGCCAAUAUGUUUGGAGUGAUGUGGCUUUGGGGCAUCAGCUUGAAUGCUGUUUCACUUGUCAACCUUGUCAUGAGCUGUGGUAUUGCUGUGGAGUUCUGCAGUCAUGUGACGAGAGCAUUCACCGUCAGUACAAAGAGUAGCAGAGUAGAGCGUGCUGAAGAAGCCCUGUCCCACAUGGGCAGUUCUGUUUUCAGUGGUAUCACUCUGACAAAAUUUGGAGGAAUUGUUGUAUUGGCUUUCUCAAAAUCCCAGAUUUUUCAGAUAUUCUACUUCAGGAUGUAUUUAGCCAUGGUGUUGCUUGGAGCAAGCCAUGGAUUAAUAUUUCUUCCUGUUCUGCUUAGUUACAUAGGCCCACCUGCAAAUAAAGCUAAAACUCAGGCUGCACAAGAAAGAUACAAAGGUACAGAACGAGAGAGACUCCUCUACUUCUAGUCUUUUUAACAAAGUGUUCAGUGGAUGUUCUGAACUGUGGCUUAAGACUGAAUUGCAGCAAUAUUUCUAUGACUACCACACUGAUGUAAUCACCACUAGUUUGACUUGUGCACCAAUCCAAGUACAGGACAUACAGCUUUUAAACUCAGGAAAUGCUACAUGUGGCUCAUGUAACAGUAUUACUAGAACUAGAUACAUUAACAGGAUCCUAAAACACUAUUUUUAAGAGGUUUCUUUUUCUUUAAGAACUGUAAGCCAGCUAUAUCACAAGUUGAAUAGCUUUUUCCACGUUGGUGAUGUGUGUAUGAGAAUGGACUGCCAAACCACUGACACAACUUUUAAAUGCAAGUCAAUGCAAUUUUUGGCUCAAUUUUUAAGGGGGAAAAGCCAUCACUCAAGAGGUUGUAAUAUUUUAGUAACAUUUGCCAAAACAUUGUGUAUAUACUUUAUUAUAAAAUAGCAAUUUUGUAGUUCAAAAUACAACACAAAUGCAAUAAAUUAAAUUUAUACAUUUCAAA